AUGGAAAGUUAACCCUCAUCAUCACUUUCACUAGAUUUCAAUCAUUUUGAAGACCAGGAAACUAUUCUAUUAAAAGACUUUGACCUCGAUGAAAACGAGCAUUUCAUCAAGUUUGUUUUUAUCCCUUAUUUUAAGGAUAUUUACAAUGAUCUAGCUGCUAAGAGUGAGAAAAAGUCUAAGGGAAUUACAAAGAUUGUGUUCUAGGAGUAUGCAGGAUUGCCAGGUAUUUUGAAUGAGAGGUUCUUCAAAAUCUUAGAUGAAAACGGAGAUGGUAUCAUUGAUCAGAAAGAGUUUAUCCAUGCAAUGUUCAAAGUCUACUACUCUAAACUAGAGUCUAAGAUCAAGCUUGUAUUUGACAUUUAUGAUUUUGAUAAUGAUGGAUAUAUUUCAAAAGAAGAUAUAAGGAUUCACAUCAAUAAACAUUUGAUGCUGAUGAAUAAGCCAGUGAACAAUAACUAAAUUUCAGACGUAGAGGGAAAAUUCACUAUGCAAACUGGAGGAACGUAUGAAAAUAGAGAAUUUAUAAUAUUUUAAGCUAAUUAUGAGAAGAUAACUAGUGAAUCUGGCUAGAACUAAAAAUAAGGAAGUCCAACAUCAUCACCAAGAAGAAUUGCAUCACCUAAAUAUCUUAAAUAGCUUUCCCCAGUUUAGCAAUACUUAUCCAGAGCAGAUGAAAUUAAGCAAAGGCUAUUCAUGAUUAAUACUGAAACCUAGAAGCACUUGCUUAAGUAUGCUGCAAGUAAAGAAAAUUUAGAUAGACUUGCACAGAAAUUAUAGGAAUAGACACUUGGAGAUAAUUAAGACGUUUAAAUGGAGGAUCAUACUCAAAAUCAAUAACCUCCUUAGAGCAACGAUGAGACAAGCAUCAUCAAUCAAAUUCCAAUAGCCAAAUUUAAGGCAAAUUAAAUUGGAAUGAUGGAAGGAAAGUUAGCCAAAAUUGGACAUAAUUAGGCAGAAUGUAUAAUUGAGGAGUUUAAAGUAAGUGAUGAUGAAAAUGAGAUUGCCCCUAAUGAAAACUAAACGAAAUUUGUUGACAUGAUAAGACUGCCAAAUACUGCUCCUUCCUCACGGGUACCUGGCCAAAGAGAUGGUUAUGCAUCACCAACUAGAAUCCUCGAAAGCAUUAACAACUAAGUUGUACUAGAUAACUUUAGAACUGUCUCUGAGACCAUAAUAAUUAUGAAAUACGAAGGAGAAAUGAUGAGAAAGACCCCAGAGGGUAAGUUCAAAAGAUAUUGGUUCUGGCUAAUGAGCAAAGAGCUUUACUGUUGCAGAAAGAAGGAAGAUGAAAAACACAAGAGUAUGCUUAGUUUGACAGGAGUUUAUAUUAAAUCAGAGGAACCAGAACUUAUUAAUCAUAACGGAAAAUAGAUUACUUUCUAUCCAUUCAAGUUGCUUUUCCCCUAAAAUAAAUCCAGAGUUUAUUAUCUCUUAACCUAAUCACAAAGAGAUAAAUGGGUAAAAGUAAUUAAAGAAGCUAUUGGUUAUGCUAAUCUAGAAGACUUUUAUGAUGUUAAAGGAGUAUUAGGAAAAGGAAAAUUUGGUUAAGUAAGAUUAGCAGUUCAUAAGAAGACAGGAACCAAAGUAGCAGUAAAGGUAAUACAGAAGAAAGGUAUGCAAAUGCAUGAACUAGAGUUGUAAAAAAGAGAAAUCGAAGUACUAAAGAUUUGUCAGCAUCCAAAUAUUAUCAGAUUGCUUGAUGUUUAUGAGAACUCAGAGAAUAUUUACAUUGUCAUCGAAUACAUGGAAGGUGGAGAUCUGUUCACCUACCUAGAAAAGAGAGAAUUCAAAAUUACUGAAGACAGAGCAAGAUCUAUUGCUCACUAGAUUGCAGCAGCUCUAUAUUAUAUUCACAGUUAUGCCAUAGCUCAUAGAGAUUUGAAGCUUGAAAACAUAAUGAUGGUUGAAGAAGGGGAUACUUCUGACUUAAAAUUAGUAGAUUUUGGUUUAUCUAAGAUUCUUGGACCAACUGAAACCUCAACAGAACCAUUUGGAACAUUGUCUUACGUUGCUCCCGAAGUCUUAUUGCAAAAACCUUAUGGCAAAAAUGUCGAUCUUUGGAGCUUAGGAGUCAUAAUUUAUGUGAUGCUUAGUGGAAUUUUGCCUUUUGAUGCAGGUGAUACUAAAGAGACAGCCAGACAAACAAUUUAUGAAGAUGUAAACUUUUCACAUCCGUGCUGGACUUAUGCUUCGCCAGAGUCCAAACAUCUUAUCAAAGGCUUGUUAAAGAAGGAUAGAUUCUAAAGAAUGACCAUUGAAGAAGUUUUAACUCAUCCUUGGAUUUGCAAGAAGAGCUUGGAUAUGCUAGAAAAACGUAGGAAUUCAGGAGACCUUGAAAAGUUCAGUGUUUUCUCAGCUACUAUGGCAAAUUAUGUAGAAAAGAAAGAUAGCUCAGCAAUGCAGCAAGUAUAAUAAUGA